AUAAAUUCGAAUCUUUAUAAAUGUUUACAACUAUAUUUUGGAACGCAUUCAACAAAAAUGGCAUCCAAAUGGAUCGGGAUUAUUAAAGCUGGGUGCAUCAUAAGCGUACAACAGAACAAACUUGAUCACUGAUUACUGAUCCAUCAUUGAUCAGUGAUCAUGUUUUUCUGGUAAAUACGCCCAUUGUCGGAAAUGUCUCCAUCACUGCCAUGCAAACCUUGGACAAUGAAAUUAUAAUUCCUCUGCAAGGAAAUAAUAGCUUGGAACAAUUGACUUAAUCAUCAUUCUAAUUGUGGGCAUUUGUGGUUCUAUUUUGCCCAGUAAUGGAGAUCAAUGGUGAAAAUAAAUGCAUAAUGUUUAAUGGAAUACCAACGAUGAUGAAAUAUGCAGCCCGAUCGCCAUAUCAGUGCGGUCCAAGUGGCUUUAGUUUCGACAAUUGUUUGCGCAACAAAGGACUUGUCAAAAACGGUAUUUCGGUGCCGAAUUGCAUUGGCACCGGCACGACCGUUGCGGGGGUCAUUUAUGACGGAGGCGUGAUCAUUGGCGCGGAUUCCAGGGUUACUAACGGACACAUAAUACCCUCGAAAAAAAAUCGCAAAAUUUAUCAGCUACAGAGCAACAUAUUUGCCGGUGGUGCCGGAAUCGCACAGGACUCGGCUGCCUUGAUGGAGGUGACGAGGGCGCAGCUGGAGCUCCACCGCAUGAACACCGGAUUCCGCAAGGUGCCGGUGCGCUGCGCCAACCAAGUGAUGAGGCAGGUGCUCUACCGCUUCGAUGGAAAAAUGGUGGCCAAUGUGAUCAUCGGGGGCGUGGAUGCAGAUUUUAAAACACAUUUAUUUUGCACCCGGUCCGAUGGCACUACAGACACCGUGCCGUUCACGUCGCUGGGUUCCGGCUGUAUGGCAGCCAUGUCCGUACUGGAAGCACGCUGGGAACAAAAUCUGGAUGAGGAAUCCGCCCGCGAUCUGGUCCGCGAUGCCGUAGCCGUCGGCGUAGACAACGACCUGCAGUCCGGUAACAAUGUGUGUCUCUGCAUCAUUCGCUCAGACUUCUCGGUCCACUGGGAAGAGCGUGCCCUGAACAAGGAAACUCCGAUUCGAGCCUUUCCGCUGGUUAUCAAGCCCGGCUGCACUACCAUUUUGUCCACUAUCGAGCACAGGGUGGUGCCGUGGGGAGAGGCCUUGGAGGGGGACGAAUGUCCUGGCUUCAGACAAGAAGGUCUCAGCUUACCACCUGGACCAGGAAAUAGCCGUGGUGACGCUGGAGAAAGAGUCAAUCGCAGGCACGAAUAUCUCGGCCCACCCAAGGCCAAAAGGAGGAGGUUGGAAUAAGCGAAGAAUGCCCUUUUGUUCCGAAAAUCGAAAGGACACUUUGUACCCUUGGGAAGUCCUAAAAAUAACUUUGUUAUUGCCCAAACUAUCUCGUUUAUUUUAGUUUACUGUUUAUUGCAUUGAUUUUAAAUCGAAAGUAUAUGUAUGUGGAUCUGAGAACAAGGCU